AAUGUAUGCGGCCGUACACCAACUGGAGUUAUUUCUGCGCAACGUGACGUGACUUCGAGUUCGAAGCCGGUAUUUUAAUUUUUUCUUUACACCGUUAUGGAUCAACAAAACUUUCAGUCGUCGGGACUUUUUGGUUCUUAUUUACCAGGGGAGCCAAGUUUAAAUGUAUCAGUCCCAUCGGGAGCUGGCACAUCUAUUUCACCGUACCUCAACGUCGAUCCCUACUACUUAAAUCAGGGAGGUCCACAGUUCAUUGUUCCAACUGGCCAAGCCAGAGCCAGGGGAAGAUUUGAGCUGGCCUUCUCACAGAUCGGAAGUUCCGUCAUGGCAGGUGCGAUAUAUGGCGCCCUCAACGGCACGAGAAUAUCGGCCAGGGAAACAAAGGAAUUGAGCGGGAAGGUCCGAGUUUCACAGAUGUUGAACUUAGUAACAAAGCAAGGCGCAUCUUCAGCAAAUAGCAUUGGCGUCAUUGCGCUGAUGUACAGUAUAAUGGGUCUGGGUCUGUCGUGGGGUAGGGGGACAGAGGAUGAACUCAACACACUAGGAGCAGCAACAGCGACAGGACUUCUGUAUAAAUCAUCAGCUGGAGUGAAGAAAAUGGCCAAGGGAGGAGCAGUGGGACUAGCACUGGCGUCGGCGUGGUGCUUAUGGCAAAACAGAGACAAACUGAAGUCGUUUCACGUGCAAAGCUUGUAGGUUGAUGGAUAAACCAAGGCAGCUGCCGGCUGGACUCCAUCAGUCUAGAGCUCCAAAGCCAGAUGCGCUUAACCCUGGGACAGACAGUUAGUUGCGAUUUGCAGCAUUCUUAAAAGACAAUUUCAGCUGUCAUCUGGUGUAACGCUUGUCUGCUGCGAGGUGUCGUCAUCCGGAUAUUAGUUUAUUAAAACCGGAGCACUAAAACACCUGCUGCGAGACAAAAGUGAGCUUGAAGUGUCUCUCGAUAUCUAGAGUAUGGGGACAUAAUCGGAGACUCCGCGGACAACUAUAAUAAACCACAGCUGGUUCUAUCGAUUAGCAGUGUCAGGAGAUGAUUUUAAUUUAAAUUGUUAUCUUAAUUUGGCAAGGGAAAGGGUUAAACCGAAUGUGCACUAUUCGUGUGUCGCUUGUGAGAGGUCUCAGUCAUGCUCAUUCACAUUGGCAAACACACAGUCGUGUUUUACAUAACUCUCGAGGACAAGGCAUUGUCUUUCCUUUGUCCCUAUAAUAUAGAGUAACAGUACUCUCCCGUAAACUAAGGACACAAACUCAAGAUUGAGGACCGUUUUCAAAAAAAUAAAAAUUAAACUCUCGAGGUUGUUGUUCUCGUUUGGAGUGUUUGCUUAAAAAAAAUUCUCCUUAAUAUUCACCUGUUUGACCAUGAGAAUGCAGUUACUUACACCGUUCAAGUGUUUUUAUUUAAGUUCGGUAAUCAAAAUAAUGCUGUUGUGAGUGGCAAGGAUGAUGUAGUACAUGUAAUAUAAAUCGAUAUAUUGCUUCAGGGAUGUUGUACAUGUAUGUACCGUUUGACGCAUGUACCUGUAAGGUUUGGAAAGCCUAUAUUGCCGGAUAAUUUUGUCAUCUUGUCCAGUUUUAAUCUGAUUCAUUCGAAUGACGUACUUUGUGUUUUUAGAGCCAGAUCGAUUGCAGUCAAUGAUAAAUGGUGUCUUGUCUUUGUGAUGAAUGGAUUUUGCAUUUAAGAUGUGCUUGUACGUUCCCAUGUGUGUGUUUGACUCGUAAGUGGAACAUGAAAUAAUACUUGCAGAUGGGGUGCAUUGUCCUGAAUUCUCUAUAAAAAUGAUAAUUCGUUGGCAGAAAAUCGAAUUUGUUGAACAGCAGAGAAGAGCAGCUUUUAAGUUUUCGUGCUUUUGCCACACAUUGGGUACGAACUUAGGAUAGACCUGUUUCUCUAUUUAUGUUGAAAGAUCCUGUGGAAAUAAAAACAAUGUCUCAUUAUUACUUAUA